AUGCGCUUCGCAAACACAUUCCUCCUCGCUGCCGUGGCCGCCCUGCCACUCAUCUCCGCAGCCCCGACCUCCUUCCCACAAGGCAAGAGAUCGGUCGAACCCACAGAUGCUGCCCUAGAAGAACCGGCGAGCACCGUCGCGGCGCUCCAGAAUCUCGCGGCCGAACGGUUGGCGUUCGCGGCGCGGGACGUCGACAAGCGGAUGAUGCGGCAACGCAGGGAGCAGAGGAAGAGUAGACGGGUGUUUGGUUUUGGUACUGACGUUUGUCCCGGUGUAGGAGGUGGAGCAGGCGGAAACGUCGAUGAAGGGAAUGUCCAGGGCGGGAAUGGCGGCGUCGCUAAUGAGAACGGCAAUGGUGGCGGCAAUGGAAACGGCAAUGGAAACGGCAAGGGAAAUGGUAAUGGCAAUGGUAAUGGCAAUGGCAAUGGCAAUGGCAACGGUAACGGAAAUGGUAACGAAAAUCUCAAUGCCAACCAAAAUGGCAACGGCAAUGCCAACCAAAAUGGCAACGGCAAUGCCAACCAAAACGGCAACGGCAAUGCCAAUGCCCAGAUGAACGCCCAGAACCAAAACACAGGAAACAAUGCCGCCCAACUUCAAGACAACGGAGCAAAUGCCGGCAAUGACAGUGCCAAUGCCGUCGCGAAUGAAAAUGCAAACAAUGGGGGCAAUGGUGUUAAUGCCCAGAACAAUGGGCAUGCAAACCUCGCUGCAGGAAAUGCUAAUGCCAACCAGGGUGGAAACAAUGAGGCCGCCAACGCCAAUCAAGGUGCAAACAACAACAAGGGCGCCAAUGCUAACGAAGGCGUAAACAACCAAGGCAACGGUGCCAAUGAGAAUCAGAAUCAGAAUCAGAACCAGAACCUCGCUGCGGGAAAUCAAGGUGGAAAUAAUGAGAUUGCCAAUGCCAACCAGGGUGGAAACAAUAAGGGCGCCAACGCCAAUGAAGAGGGAAACAAUGGUGCCAACGGUGUCAAUGCCCAAGAGAAUGGAAAUGGGAACGCAAACCUCGCUGCAGGGAAGGUCGAUGCCAACCAGGGCGGAAACAAUGAGAACCUUGGAGCUGCUAAUGCCAACGCUGGGGUCGAGAACAAUGAUAAUGUCCAACAAAAGGGCAAUGCCAUGAAUGCCGCCGUCCAAGAGAACAAUGCAAACGAAGACCAGAAUAUUGCUGCGGGUAACGUUGAGGCUGGUGCCCAAAAUAACGCUGGCGCCCAACAGAAUGGCAAUGUAAACGCUGGCAACAAUAUGGCCAAUGCAAAGAACAACAACAAACUCGCUGACAAUAACGCCGCCGCCGCUAACCUCGCCAAUGUCAAUGAAAAUGAGGAGGAAACCGGAAACGGCCAAGGCGCCGCGAAUAACAUUCAGCAAGGCAAUGCCGGAGCAAAGCAGCAGGCCAAUGCAAAUGAGUAAUUGCAAGGAAACAAUCAGCAGUAAACAAAUGCUAAGGCUGCUGAAGAGCUGAGGACAAUGAAAGCUACUUAACAGACAAAGUAACUUGUAAAAUGGCAAUGAGGAAACAAGUAUGCACACAAGAACGCGUAUAAGCUGGAUUAUCAAAAUGGUUAGCAGGCUAUCGAAGAAUCAUCAGAGCAUUGAUACU